CUCUUUCGCUCCUUCAACCUUCUCUUCUCCCCAUUGUGCACAGUUCACACCUAACACAAACCCACUUCCUCUCUUUUCCGGCGGCUUUUCCGGCCACCAUGCUCCUCCGCCUCCACCACCCAACCUCCCUCGCCUAGAUCUACUCAGAUCACAAUCCCAAAUCUCUCAAAUCCGGCGUCGUCGUUUUAGCUCACCUUAUAUAAAAAAAGCAGAAAGGAUGUCGUUUCCUCUAUAAUUCGCUUACUCGCGCUGUGUGCUGUGUUUCUUUCUAACAUUCGUGUUCGCGUGUGUGCGUUUCUUUUUUUGUUCCUUUGUUCUUUUCGGAGCUUCUUUGAUUUUUCCGGCGAGAAGAGGAUGACGUCCGUCGCGAGGCAGCCAACGUGGAAGGAGCGGGAGAACAACAAGAGGCGAGAGAGGAGGAGGAGAGCCAUCGCGGCGAAGAUCUUCUCCGGCCUGCGAAUGUACGGCAACUACAAGCUCCCCAAACACUGCGACAACAACGAAGUUCUCAAGGCUCUCUGCAACGAAGCCGGCUGGACCGUAGAAGCCGAUGGCACCACCUAUCGCAAGGGAUGCAAGCCUCCUGUUGAACGCAUGGACAUAGUAGGUGGUUCUGCAGCAGCAAGCCCAUGCUCAUCUUACCAUCCAAGUCCCUGUGCUUCCUACAACCCUAGUCCAGGCUCUUCUUGCUUACCGAGCCCUCGCGCAUCCCCCUUUCCUCCAAACCCAAAUGCUGAUGGCAAUUCUCUCAUUCCAUGGCUCAAAAACCUUUCAUCAGGAUCAUCAUCGGCAUCCUCUUCCAAGCUUCCGCAGCUGUACAUUCCGAAUGGCUCCAUCAGUGCUCCAGUCACUCCUCCAAUCAGCUCUCCAUCAUCCCGAAAGCCCCAGAUCAGAGCUGAUUGGGAGGAUCAGUCCAAUUGUCCGACAGCGUGGGGCGGACCGGCAUACACCUUUGUGCCCUCUUCAACUCCUCCAAGCCCCGGCCGCCAGGUUGCCGAAACAGAUUGGUUUUCCAAGAUCAGGAUUCCUCAGGGAGGACUAGCACCAACUUCUCCAACCUUCAGCCUGGUCUCUUCCAACCCAUUUGGCCUCAAGGAAGAUGCUAUGGUUGGCAGCGGUUCCCGGAUGUGGACGACACCAGGGGCAAGUGGAACAUGUUCUCCAGCCGUAGCUGCAGGCUCCGAAAACACUUCUGACAUUCCAAUGGCUGAAGCAGUUUCAGAUGAAUUUGCCUUUGGAAGCAGCUCAUCAGGUUUAGUGAAUGCCUGGAAAGGAGAGAGGAUCCAUGAAGCUUCUUUUGGAACAGAUGAUCUUGAGCUCACUCUUGGGAGCUCCAAGACCAGGUUGCUCCAUAAGUGAAUAGUCAAUGGUCCCUUCAACAACAUGAACUUUGACUCUGUUUAUUCUGUAGAAAGGCUAGAGGAGGGAAUUAAGAUGAGCAGCAAGUAGUUGUUCUUAUUACAUACCAGAAAAAAAAAAUAGCAGUUUAUUUUAUUCUUUUAUUUUCUCUUAGUUUUUAUUGGUUCCUAAGUUAUAUAUACAGCUUUAGCUAGGUGUCGGGUGGUUUUCAACCCUUUCAUUUGGUCAAUGUUGUUAAAACCUUUAUUACUCUGGGAAAGAUCAUCAUAUACCUGUAUGGAUUGGCUUGGUUUGAUAUUGAAAGGAAAAAAUUACUCGAUUUCAACUGUAACUGAAUGAUCAAGAAAGUUAUGCAAAUUCCAACUGAAUGGGCC